CCACAUUCCCCACCCAGCCACAAAUGCCCUCCUUGCCUCCCUCUGGGGGCCCCCAAGAUCUAGGGUCCUCUCGUGACUAGGCUGUCUGCCUGAGGUCUGCCUAGAAGAGCCUGGCUGCUACGCCUGCACCUGUCCCCUGCUGUCCCCAGGCCUCUGUGCCUGAAUCUGCCUCUCUCUGCCUCUUCUCUUAAUGUCCCCUCCAGGUGUCUCUCUGCCUCAGUCACUCUCUCUGUCCCUUCGUCUCUCUCUGAGCUGGUGUGUCUGGCCCUACCCUCUGUUUGGGGAUCUGUCUGGCUCUGUCCCCCACCUCUCUGCCAGCCCGUGUCUCCUGUCUCUGACUGGGCCUCACUGCCUGUUGCCUUUCUGCAGGUGUUUGCACGAGCCUAUCCCUACCUACCUGUCUGUUUCUGAGUCCGCCUGUGGGUCCCUUUCUCCCUGCAGCUGCCCUCUGCCUGUCUACCAAGCUCCCCCAGCGUCCCCUCCUCCUUCCCAUCUGUCUUUCUGUCCCUUCUGUGGUCUGUCUGUUCCUGUGCUGUUUCUCGUGCCUGCUUAUCUCUCUUUGUAACUUCGUUUCUCCUACUCUGUCUGACUCCUCCUCUCUGAACCUCUUUCUGCCACCCAUCCCAUUCUGCCCUCUGUCUGCUCGUCUGCUCUGUGAGUCCAUCCCCUCUGUCUGCCUGUCACUCUCUCUAGCUGUGGGUCUACGCCCUCAAUCUUUCAGGCAAUUUUCCCUGCCACCACGACACAAACAAACCUCUGUUUCCCUCCAAGUGGGUCCAGAUAGGGGGCGCCCCUUCUCCACCUCUUCCCCCGCCCAGGGCCAGAAGGAGGGAAGCGAAAUUAAAAUUAACAUUUCUUCUCAGAAAAAAAAAAAAAAGUACCGCGCCAGAGCAGGAGCUGAGUCAGCCGAGAGGGUCCCCGAACCCAAGUCUGAGUUGCCGCCACUUCAGGAGCUGAGAGGAGCAGCACCCCAAUAGGAUGGAACUGCAGGAUCCAAAGAUGAAUGGAGCCCUCCCUUCAGAUGCUGUGGGCUACAGGCAGGAACGUGAAGGCUUCCUGGCCAGUCGUGGUCCUGCUCCUGGGAGCAAACCAGUCCAGUUCAUGGAUUUCGAGGGGAAGACAUCGUUUGGAAUGUCAGUGUUCAACCUUAGCAACGCCAUCAUGGGCAGCGGCAUCCUGGGGCUGGCCUACGCCAUGGCCCACACAGGGGUCAUCUUCUUCCUGGCCCUGCUGCUGUGCAUUGCUCUUCUGUCGUCCUACUCCAUCCACCUCCUGCUGACCUGCGCUGGUAUUGUAGGCAUCCGAGCCUAUGAGCAGCUGGGACAGAGGGCAUUCGGGCCUGCGGGGAAGGUAGUGGUGGCCGCGGUCAUCUGCCUGCACAAUGUUGGGGCCAUGUCCAGUUACCUGUUCAUCAUCAAAUCUGAGCUCCCCCUGGUUAUCGGCACCUUCCUGUACAUGGACCCCGAGGGGGACUGGUUCUUGAAGGGGAACCUCCUCAUCAUCAUUGUCAGUGUGUUAAUCAUCCUGCCCCUGGCCCUCAUGAAACACUUGGGCUACUUGGGGUACACCAGUGGUCUGUCCCUGACCUGCAUGCUGUUUUUCCUUGUUUCGGUCAUCUACAAGAAGUUCCAGCUUGGCUGUGCUAUAGGCCGCAACGAAACAGCAAUGGAGAGUGAGGCUCCUGUGGGACUCCCCAACCAAGGGCUCAACAGCAGCUGUGAGGCCCAGAUGUUCACAGUUGACUCACAGAUGUCUUACACAGUUCCCAUCAUGGCUUUUGCCUUCGUCUGCCACCCUGAGGUGCUGCCCAUCUAUACGGAGCUCUGCCGGCCCUCCCAGCGCAGGAUGCAGGCUGUGGCCAAUGUGUCUAUUGGGUCAAUGUUCUGUAUGUAUGGGCUCACAGCGACCUUUGGAUACCUCACCUUCUACAGCAGCGUGGAGGCAGAGAUGCUGCACAUGUACAGCCAGAAGGACCCGCUCAUCCUCUGCGUGCGCCUGGCCGUGCUGCUCGCUGUGACUCUCACUGUGCCAGUUGUGCUGUUCCCUAUCCGCCGGGCCCUGCAGCAGCUGCUUUUCCCAGGCAAGGCCUUCAGCUGGCUGCGACAUGUGGCCAUAGCUCUGAUCCUGCUUGUUUUGGUCAAUGUCCUUGUCAUCUGUGUGCCGACCAUCCGGGAUAUCUUUGGAGUUAUCGGGUCCACCUCAGCCCCCAGCCUCAUCUUCAUCCUCCCCAGCAUCUUCUACCUCCGCAUUGUACCCUCUGAGGUGGAGCCUUUCUUAUCCUGGCCCAAGAUCCAGGCCCUGUGCUUUGGAGUCCUGGGAGUCCUCUUCAUGGCUGUCAGUCUAGGCUUUAUGUUCGCCAACUGGGCCACAGGCCAGAGCCGCAUGUCUGGACACUGACCAGGCCCUGCUGGCCCGGGUCCUCGUGCGCAUGCACAUGGAGGGGCCGGGGCCGCUCCCUAGGGUCCCUCGGUGGAGAUGGCUGGUUCCCAUGAAUGUGGUUGUCAGAGGUGGGGGACAGCAGAGGCUGCAGACUGGCCCACUUCCCUCCUCCCCAGGGAUGCCAAGCAUCGAUCAUGGCCCUAAUCCCAACCCCAACCCCACAAGAGGAGGAGGAGGAAGAAGAAGAGGAGGAAGCCAGGUCCUGGCAGAGCCUUUGCCUAGCCCAGUCCUCUCUGCCUCCUCCUGGCUGAAGCCAUUUGUCAGGAUUACCCUUGGGCCAAAGCGGAAAAAUAAAGAUGUUGAGAUACAA